AUGACAUUUGAGAACAGCUUUGUACAACCGGUUAUCCCAAGGUUCGAUGGGCACUAUGAUCAUUGGAGUAUGCUUAUGGAGAACUUUCUGCGUUCCAAUGAAUAUUGGAACCUGGUGGAGACAGGAAUCACUGCAGCAGCAGCAGGAGCUGAAUCUAGUGACCUGCAGAAGAAUGCGCUGGAGGAGCAAAAACUGAAAGACUUGAAGGCCAAGAACUACCUGUUCCAGGCCAUUGAUCGUUCAAUCUUAGAGACGAUCUUGAAAAAGGACACAUCUAAGGAUAUAUGGGACUCUUUGAAUCAGAAGUAUCAGGGAACAACACGUGUGAAACGUGCUCAACUGCAGGCCUUUCGAAAUGAUUUUGAACUACUGCAUAUGAAGGCUGGGGAAACUGUCAAUGACUACUUUGGAAGGACGCUCGCUAUAGCUAAUAAGAUGAGAUUUCACGGAGAACAAAUGAAGGAUGUGGUGAUUAUUGAAAAAAUCUUGAGGUCCAUGACUUCAAAAUACGACUAUGUUGUUUGCUCGAUUGAAGAGUUGAAUGACUUGGAUGCAUUAUCCAUUGAUGAACUCCAUAGUAGCCUUCUUGUGCAUGAAUAA